AUGCCAACCCUGCUGCCAAGCUGGCACAAGAGGACCUGGACCACACUGCUGCUGUCACUCCUCCUUGUUAUCUUCAGCCACCAGGUGACAGGCUCGGUGCUUGAAAGUCUCAUAGCUAAACGGACUGAGUACUGGGAGAACUGCAACAGAACUCUGGUGCACUCACCCCCGAAAACAGGAAACUACUGUAAAGGAACGUUUGACACGUUUGUGUGUUGGCCUCAUUCAUCUCCGGGGAAUGUGUCGGUCCCCUGUCCUUCUUACCUGCCAUGGAUCAGUGAGGAUGUCUCCAGGAGGGCACACAGAGAGUGUUUAGAAAAUGGAAAAUGGCGACAGAGGGAGAAUUCCUCUGAGCCCUGGAGAGAUGACGCAGAGUGUCAGGAGGACCAGUUCUUUAAGGACAAGGAGGAUGAAAUGCUUCGCCAGACAGCCCUCAGGCUCAUCUCUGUUAUUGGCUAUUCCCUGUCCCUGACCUCCCUCACACUGGCCACUCUCCUGAUGGGCAUGCUGAGGAAGCUCCACUGCACCAGGAACUACAUCCACAUGAAUCUGUUUGUGUCGUUCAUCCUGAGAGCCGUGGCUGUCAUUUCUAAGGAAAUCGUAUUAUACAUCAUGUAUUCCAACCUGCCCAAGGACGACCCCGGAUGGAGGUCCUACUCGAGCUCUGCAACAGCGUUUAUGUGCAAAUUCUCCAAAGUGUGCAUGGAAUACUUUGUGGCCUGUAACUACUUCUGGCUCCUGGUGGAGGCCGUCUUCCUCCACACGCUCCUCUUCACCGCCGUGCUGACAAAGAGACGACUGCUGAAGAAGUACAUGCUGCUGGGAUGGGGAACUCCAGUCUUAUUCGUCACACCAUGGACAGUCGUCAAGAUUAUAUAUGAAAACACAGAAUGCUGGUCAAUCGUGAACCGAUGGUUCUGGUGGAUAAUAAGGGGCCCGAUUACUUUGUCAGUGCUCGUGAUCUUCUUCAUAUUCAUCAAGAUCCUGAUGCUGCUGCUGUCCAAGCUGAAGGCAGAUCAGGUGAAAUUUACAGACUACAGAUACAGCUUGGCAAGAGCAACACUGGUCCUGAUCCCUCUGCUGGGAGUCCAUGAAGUGGUCUUUACAGUGCUGAUAGAUGAAUGUGUGGAGGGCAACAGUCGCUACGCCAGGAACUUCCUCAACCUCACCCUCAGCUCUUUCCAGGGUUUCUUGGUUGCUGUGCUGUACUGUUUUGCUAACGGAGAGGUCCAAGCUGAGCUGAAGAAGCGCUGGCAGCUUUUCCUGUUCACCAACCACUUCCAGGUCAGGGGCUGUUUUAGGGGCGCGCCUCUAAAGCACCUGUGGAAGUGCACUCGAGGGCGCCGCCCCCCCUGCGCCAGGCAGAAUGACUCUUGCAAUGAGAGUGGCACUUACACAACUCGCCCGCACCUGCAUCAGGUGGCUGUACAUGGAGGAUGUGGAGUGCUUGGAUUAGGAGAGGUUAAAGGUCAGGGGCUGAAGGACUGUGACGUGACAGGGCUUGACCUUCUCACCAGGAAGAGCCUGUCCAGUAGUGAUGGGGAGAUGACGCUCGGAGAGACCUUGGAGGAAAUUCUGGAGGAGAGUGAGUUCUGAUCCCUGUUAGCCACCUGGUACUUAAAUUACCUGGAUCGUUGGGUACUUGCAGACGUAACUCAGUGACGUCGUAGGUACCUAAGACGAUUUUGAGGGUCAACCAAUCACAUUAGAUAAAAAAAUCAAUACCUAUUGGAUGUAAAUAAUAGUGAGAGUGUCUGGGGCACAGAAAAUCUGCAACAACCAAUUCAAAUGCAGCCUCAGGUCCCGGGGUUGACAAAACCUUCAGGACCCACAUUUACAUCCAUUUGGCCGGCGCCCCACACCGGGAAGUAUUAUGUAUUUGGACAGAAAUCAACCAAAUACAAUUUGAAAACAACUUCUAUUGAAUGCUCACAGGCAGGAGCAUUGUACGAGUAAAACAUUUGUAUGUAAUUAAAUUAUGUUUAACAUUUUUAUACAGGCUUUUUUGCCACAGGAUGUUGGAGGGGGCGGUGCCCCAGCGCCCCGUAUUAACCAGCCACCACUGGUCAUACCAGAAACCUCAUGUAGCACAGCAGGCGAACUCCCUGUGUUAUCAACAAAUGUGACGCAACUGUCACAUGCUGCACACACACCGGGUGUGAUCCAGGCGUUACAGUAGUUUACUCAUCAUAGCUGGUUUGAUAUUAUAUGUUAGGGCAGAUUUACUCACUUCAAGUGAUUGACUGAGAUACAUUUGGACUGAAAUAAUUUUUGUUUGAAAUGCUGAUGUGACCAAGCCUCACGGCCUCUGGGUCUGGCUGCGAAUGCAAAAUCAGCCAUGUGUAGUCCAUCGGGACUACUGGUCGGAUAAAUGUGAACGAUAUCAUUGCUUCUUCAAUGUGAUGUAUUUCUAGUUUGUUGAUUAGAUGGGACUGUUUUAGUUUGACCUUUAGAUGACCUCUGUUAAUAGACCAUUUUCCUCCAGCUAUACUUGGCCAUUUCAUGUGUAGAUACACACUGCACAGUGGGACUAGAGGUGGAAGAGGGGAGGAGGCCUCUGGCGAGGGGGUCAACAGGGGCCCAAAAACAACAUUUUGCCCUGGGGCCCCCUUUCAGAUUAAUCUGGCCAUACAUUCUUCCCUCAUGAGAUAGAAUCCUCUAAAACAUCAUGUAAUUUAGUGAGGUACUCAGAGCUGGGAAUGUUGGGAAUUUAAUUAUUCCAUGGGAAUUUGAGGGAGUGUGAGACAAUAUGGCGAGUGAGUCUCUUUAUAAAUUAUAUUUGAUCAGAUAACAGACUGAUGAUUCAGACGAAAAGAAAGUUCAGGCAUUUACCACUAUAAAUAAUGUGAUCAUAUAUUUUCGCUAUCAUCCAGGCCAAUCAUCUACAGAAGCUUUAUUCAUAGGUUAUAAACCAAUAUCCUUGAUUACUCUACAGUUACAGCAUAACAUACAAUAAUUCUCAUUUCAGGUAAAUCAUGUUCACUUUUGAUAUCUGUAUGUGCACAGUGAAUCUCCUACUAUACAAAUGCUAUUGCAGUUUCAGUAUUUUCAUAGAUUUGUGUUUUAUUUAUACUGUGAAAAUGAACAUCUGAUGUCAGGCCAGUUAUAAGUAUCCAU